GAUACUAAUAUGACGUAGCAGGUCCUGUUUUCGAUCUGGACUCGAUAGCAUACGUUAGCCAAGUUGGCGGGCAUAGUUUUGGCAAGCAGAAAGUCUGUGGAAAUAAACAUACGAUUUAUUUGACUACUUGGGAUUUGUUUGCCUUGCUAGUAACGUUAUAAAACAGCAUGCGGGCUUUUCUUAUUGUUUAGUGUUUUUCUCACUUAGCAAAGUGAAAUCGCUAGCGACCUAAUGCUAACGCUAGCUAACUCCAACGCCUUAUUUAAAUGAUCCAUCUUGGUGGGGCUUUAUCCCGCUUUGUUGUCACGUCAAACGGCUCAUAAGCAACAGGUCCGCGUGUGUGAGUCAGAAAGGGCCGACAUUUUUGAUGGCGGUGGCUCCUGCCUCGAUGGCGGAUAAGAUCAUAGAACUUGAUGAGGAUGGAGAGGAAAGUCCUCGUCCGCCCUGCGCCACCCCCACCUCGUCUUCUGAACAUCAAGCCAAAAAUGUCUCUCCACUCAAAGCUCAGCAGCCGCCCCCCACCCACAUUACCCAGUCCCCUUUUGCUUCAGCGAAGAAACACACACAUGUUCUGCAGGCAGAGAAUCAGAGGAUGUUCUCUGAGUUCGUGGAGCACUGCUCAGCCUACACCCACGACUGCCCAGAGGUGCUGACGUUUCUCCAAACCAAGCAUGACAAGGCCUUCCCCGACUUUCUGUCUUCUGUGGAGUUUAGGAACAUCUUAGGACACUGUUUGACUCGCGCUCAGGCCAACCGCUCUAAAACAUUUGUCUACAUCAAUGAACUGUGCACUGUGCUAAGGAAGCAUGCUGCCAAGAAGAGGCAGACCCUCGCUGAGGUCAAGCCUGGGUCUUCUACCUCAGCAUCCAGUACUUCCCAAGCUACCUCUGCUAUGCUCAAAAGUAAAGACAAGGCUGAAGGUAAGAAGGAUGAGGAGGAGGAGAAAGAGGUGAAGCCAACGGCAGAGGAGGAGAAACCUUCCACCUCAGGGCUGCAGGAGGAGCAGGAAGCAGAGAAGAAGACAGAGAGAGCAGCCAGGAAACAGAUAGCGUACCUGGAGAACCUGCUCAAGGUGUACAACGACGAGAUCUGUCGUCUGCAGCGGGCUGAGCUCAGCCUAGACGACCUGAAAACUGAGGACUCUCUGUACAUCCAGGAGCAAAAGCUCAAACGCAAGAUGAUGAAGAUUUAUGAAAAGCUGUGUGAACUAAAGGGCUGCAAGACGCUAACAGGCCGAGUCAUCGAGCAGAGGAUCAUCUACAACCGUACCCGUUAUCCUGAGAUCAACAGGAGGAUCCAACGCUUCAUCAACAGUCCCGAGGCACAGAGGAACCCCCCGGACUACCAGGACAUCCUGCACCAGGUGCUGCGCGCUAAUGAGCGGCACAACCUGUGUCUGAGCAGAAAACAGCUGAACCAGAUCGCCCAGGAGGCCUUCAGAGAGACCGGGAUCGAAAUGCAGAAGAGACGUCACAAGGACCUGGUGUACAACUUUGGCUCAUAUCUCACUGACAGCUACCAGCUUACUGCAGACCCGGCUCUGACAGAUCCCUCACUGCUGCGAAAGCUGCGAUCGAACAGAGAAUUGGCUCUGACCCGGCUGGAGGAGGUCAUCACCGUGUACGCCAUGAGGCAGGAGGACGUGGAGGAGCAGGAGAGGAGGAAACGCCUGGACAAAGACAGCAAAGAGAAAGAGGAGGAAAGUAAAGAGGUGAAUGGUGUGGCAGAGGAGGAGGACGAAGAGGAUGAGGAAGAUGAAUCUUCUGACCCAGACAUAGAGGAGGAGAUCCAAGCCAGCACUCGGCAGGAUGGACCAGAUGAUGACGACAAUGGUGAGAAGGUGGAAGAUGAUGGUAACGAGGUGGAGCAAGCGGGAGACGGCGCCAACAAGGAGGAUCAGACAGACGGACUGUCAGGAAGUGUUUCUGCAGGGGAGGAAGGAAACAACAAGGAUGAGGAGGAAGAGCCCAUCACUAGUGAACUCAGCCCCCUUUCUGAUGGAAGAGAGUCCCUGAACUCUUUCCUGUCUGAAAUCCCCUCCCCCAGAGAGAGCCCCAGUCAGUCAGAGCCCGUGCAGGCUGAUAACCAGCAGCCACUGUUUAAUGGUAACGCCGCAGGACUCGAGGAGCCCAUGGACUCCUCCAGUCACGCUUCAGUCGUGCAGGUGAGCACUAGCAAAGUCUCUGAAGGCCCUGCAGACGUCCCCCCUGUAGCAGCCAACGGGAUGUCAUGGGCUGUGUCACCAACAGUGGCCAAAGAAACAUGUGACACAGAGAUGACCAACGGCACAUCGCCGCCGCCCAGCCCCCGAGCCACGAGGAGUCAGAAGAGGAAGAGGGAGGAAAUGGCAGGAAACUCCCCCAAUGCAAAGCACAAAAUCACCCAUAGCAGCGAAGUCGACAUCCCUCUGGACAUGGGCGUUAUCUGCUACAGCCCUCUGCAGCAGACAGAGUCCACCCGAGCCGACUCCCCGAACCAGGAACUGGUCAGCAGCUCGCAGUCGACGCCGCCUCCCAAGAAAAACAAGGUGAACGUGGCGACCCAGUGCGACCCAGAUGAGAUCAUUGUCUUGUCAGACUCAGAAUGACCUCUGACCCUCUCACCUGUACUCUGGG